CUAGAGUAUGCAAGAAUAUGUAGUCGGCACCUUCCCAUUCCAGCAGUGAUAAACAAUUCCGGGUAAACCAGGCGCAAGAGUGGAGGAACCCCGCACGAGGUCAACAAUGAUCAACCCCCCCAUCUCACAACUCAACUUAACAUUAAACCUUUUCCUACGAGUUAGUCGGUUUGCGCAGAGUUUUUCGGCUCGUCCGCUAUUUAUUAGCAGGUGCGAUUAAAAGAUAAGCUUCCAUGUCACCUUUUUUGAUGUAACCCUUGCAUUUUUUUAUUAUCUUCAGCGACUUCGCGGCUCCUUGCAUGAGGGUCGGAGGUUAUGCGUACAGCACGGGGAGGGGAGCGGAAUGCUACAUGCACGCCGUAGAGUAGACGCUACCGUGGUGUUUUUUGAACGGCUGUCGGUUCUAGGGUAUAUAUAGUCUGAACAGUUCGAGGUGACAGGGAUCGAUUGGUAAGGAAAGAGGUGAGGAUUGACAAUGAGGCUCUCCAUCAUCCUCUCCCUAGCUAGCGCUGGCAGCGCUGCAGCAAGUGAUUUCCUAUCGGGCAUACCUACCGUGCCAUUCACAAAGUCACCAUCUGGUGGCAUAUUCGCGCUGAAAGAAACCCGCGCGAUUGUCGUGAACUCGGAGUAUGCCAACUCCAGCGACAACCGCGGAACAACGCUCAUUCCACCGACGCUUCAUGCAUUCGCCAGCACGUUCGCGGCAGAUCUGAACUCGUAUCUGGACCGGCAGCAUGGCGCGGUGGGCGUGGGUGUUGACGUGGGUUCGAUGGAGGAGCAUGAUUCAAAGUACAUCUUCUUGACGAUCGGUAACGCGAGUGACUUUCUCGAUGCUGCGGGUAGAGAGACGUCGGAAGGGUAUACGCUUGAAGUCACGGCGACUGGCGUGACCAUCACUGGCGCCAGCCCGCUGGGUGUUUGGUGGGGGACUCGCUCGCUCUUGCAGCAGGCAGCUCUUAACAAUGGGCAAAUCCCGCUGGGCAGCGGCACCGAUGCACCUGGUUGGGGAAUUCGAGGCGUGAUGCUCGACGCCGGGAGGCAUUAUUACCCUGCGUCCUUUCUGAAGGAGAUGUGCGCGUAUUUAUCGUUUUACAAACAGAAUACAUUUCACGUGCAUCUAAGCGAUAAUUUGUACAACAAUGUCGACGUAUACUCACGUGAACAACAACUGGAUUUGUACGCUGCGUUCAGACUGUUAUCAUCUGACCCAGCAGUUGCAGGGCUCAAUAAGCGCGCGAAUGAGUCGUAUACACGGGAUAUCUUUGACGAUAUACAGUCGGAAUGCGCCGCUAGAGGGGUCACGAUUGUGCCAGAGCUGGAAAUGCCUGGACAUGCGUUGGUGAUUUCGCAGUGGAAGCCAGAGCUAGGCAUUGAUACAGAUAUUUCAUUGCUGAAUAUCACUAACCCGGAUACUAUCCCGACCGGGGAGACGAUUUGGAAUACGUUUCUACCGUGGUUUCAUAGUAAGACGGUGCAUAUCGGAGCAGAUGAAUAUGUUGAUGCGUCGUUGACGAAAGAUGCAUUGGUGUCUGAGUAUAAUACUUUCGUCAAUGCGAUCAACGGAUUCAUGGCGUCAGCUGCGAAUAAGUCGAUCCGUAUUUGGGGCACAUUCCCCCCUUCGACUAACUACACUAACAACAUUGCCACCAACGUGUCCAUCCAGCAUUGGGAAUUCUACGAGGACAACCCGUAUUUCGAUUACAUCAAAAACGGGUAUGAUGUGCUUAACUCCGACGAUGCGUUUUACAUCGUCAACAAGUAUUCUGGAAGCUACCCGCAGCAGCUCAACAUCACGCGAGUCUUCCAUGGUGCGCCGGAUGGUGGGCCUUAUGCUCCGAAUAUUUUCGAUACGAGCAAUUCCACGAACAACCCGGCCCGUGAUGAGCCCCGCGUUCUAGGCCACAUCGCCGCACUAUGGAACGACUAUGGACCGAAUGCCACCGUAUACAGCGAGGCAUACUACGCCUGGCGCGACGGGUUGCCAGCUCUCGCUGAUAAGCAGUGGGGUGGAGAACUAGUCGAGGACGAAUACUACACCAUUUUCGACACUCUGCACGCCGCCAUCCCCGGCCAGAACCUCGAUCAAACCAUCGCCUCACAAUCCGCCACCAUCCUCUCCUACUCCUUUGACCACCAACCACACCUCCCCACCAUCCAGGACACAUCAGGAAACAACUACAACGGCAAGACAAACUGUCGCAUAACAUCCGGGGCUCUAGAGCUUACGCCGACCUGUUCCCUCACAACCCCGCUCUCGUCAAAGGGGCGCAACUACACCCUUUCCUUCUCCAUCUUCCCCACAAGCCAGAAAACGCCCGGCGUGAUCUUCUCGGGCCCCGAGUCUGCACUUCUCGCUGGAAAUGGUACUGUGAGUAACGUCACGCUCAUCGCGUCCGGGAAUCCGUACACCCUGAACUACACCCUGCCACUGAAUAUCUGGAGUCAGGUGAGUUUGAGUGGCCAGGGCGAUGCAACAUUCUUCAAGGUCCAGAGUGAUUCAUCGUCGGCGGCGACCGAAAUGCAGUUUUUGACCAAGGUGGGGAUUGAUGGGGAGACGUUUGUGUGGAGAGAGAUUGCGGUCGAGGCACCGCUCGCAGAGAUUGGCGGCGGCGAGUUUGAGGGGUUGGUCAAGGAUGUGCGGCUUACUGGAUAGACUAGGAUUAGUAUAGAAGGAACAAAUAAUAUACUGUCUG